GUUCAUACAAGCCUUCUGCGUUCUGCAUAACAGACCACUACAAUGUUUAACAGACUGUUACAGAUGCUAUUUCUAAACAUAGAAUAAAGAGGACGAUUCUUUUUUUAAAUCAAUUAAGAAAAGGUUAUAUUUUAUAUGAUGCCUAUUCAACCAACAUUUGAAGGGGCUAUAUUUCAGAUACAACCUGCCACCCUAGCAAUUUCUUAUUUAGAAAAUCACAUCUAUGCGUUUCUACGUUUAAAAGCAUUUGCAUGGUCUGAUUUAAAGGUAUUUGGGAACUCCAAAGGUGUGGGAUUUGACGUGCAUUAGAAUGCAUCAACCAUUAACACCCUCAGGUGCUGUAUUGACAUCCUUCUCACUGGUCAUAUUUCCAGGUUUAGAAGGUGAAACCAGAAGGUACAGACAGUUCUGCGAUCUACCAAGCUCAAGGUACUCCUUGAGAGUAAGAGGCCACGGUAAAGAACCGAAAAAAAUGAGCGUGGAAAAGGCUUACGAUCCGUCGGACCCGUCAUUCAAAUUCGUCGACAGACCAGACGAGAUCGACCCGCUUCAGGACGAGUCUUGCAGGGCAGAGAUGUCGUGUGGUCACGCCGUCACGCCAGGAUCUCUGACAGGAUGGUGCCGCAGUUUGCUCAGCCAGGGGCAGUUCAAAUUUACUUGCCCAGCCCUUCAGCCAGAUGGCAAAAAGUGUGGCGCUGAAUGGUCUUAUCAAGAGGUCCGUCGCUUUGCUCUGUUGACCGCUGAGGAGAUGGACCAUUUUGAGAAAGAACUUGCCCGUAUAGUUGCUGCCAAAUUCAAAGCAUGCCCUGGCUGUAAAACCUACGUGGAACGACAGGCCUUAGACAAUCUCUGUUUCCGCUGCACUAUCUGUAAAGAAAGCGGUAAGCCCACCAUGCAGUUCUGCUGGCAGUGUCUGAGGCCGUGGAAGGGGAGGGCUCCGCGCAGCGACCGCUGUGACAACGACAAAUGCUCAGACAAGGUGCUGGAGCUGCUGAAAAGGUGUGACACCAUGACCCUGUCCAAGGUGCCGGGGGUGGGACCCUGCCCUUCCGUCCGGGCCUGCCCCAAAUGUGGCAUAAAGGUGGAGCACGACAAGAAAGCCUGCAAGAACAUCCUGUGCCCACGCUGCAAGGUGGAGUUCUGCUUCGUGUGUCUGAAGCUCAAGAAAAAGUGCUGUGAGACCAGCAGCAGCUAUACAGCGUGCAGCAGCGGCAUCGCACCAAGGCAGACCGCUAUUCCGACAUGGAACUGAACAAUUAAUGUUCCUAAGAACACAUGAACAAGCUGCACGUUUAGAGUGACUCCCAUCAAAUGUCAAAAUGUGCACGCCUUUGAUUUAAAGAUUUAUUGAUGUUCAUUGGCUAUAGCUUACUAAACUUGAAUAGAUUUUUUUUUGUUUAAAAUACUGUGCAGGAAUGCAUUACAUAUUAGGGUUAACCUUUGAUUGAUUUGGAUUUCCUUUUUAAGUUUAUAAUUUAGUUUUUCAAAAACACAAACUUUUGUUUUGGUUUGGGACAUUAGGCCUCUUUAUAAAAUGUCUGUAUAAUGGCUUUUCAUAAAGUAAUCAUUUUACUUUGCUAA